CUAAAUUUCUGUACUCAACAUCUCAAUCUUAUGUUGGCCGCCAUCAAAGUUACCCUUAACUAGAUUACAAGACAAAGUUAAGUUGUGGAAUCUUUUGUUAAAUUCAAAGUGUUAUACGAUUUAGAAGAAUUAAUAUAAAUCUAAAUAUAAACGUAUAAUCCAAGUUGAUAUAUCACGAUGAACGGAUUGACGACGUUUUACAAUAAUCAAUACCAAACUCCACAAAUGUUUAAUCAGCAAUUACCGAUCACUAGUCCCAUGGUUAGCUAUACAGCACCUAUACAACCAGUUCCUGCUACGUAUACUGCACCUAUACAACCAGUUCCUGCUACGUAUACUGCACCUAUACAACCAAUUCCUGCUACGUAUAGUACACCUAUACAACCAAUUCCUGCUACGUAUAGUACACCUAUACAACCAGUUCCUGCUACGUAUACUGCACCUAUACAAACAGUUCCUGCUACGUAUACUGCACCUAUACAACCAAUCCCUGCUAAGUAUACUGCACCUAUACAACCAGGUCCUGCAUUAACUCCACAAAUGAUAGCACCAAUAUAUCCAUACACAGGCGCUAGAGUUACAAACGCUAUACCAACACCUGUUGGUAACAAUUUUUAUAGAAAUAAUGUAAAAAAUCGCGCAUUUGACGCACGCACAGAAUCCGCAUCAACGGAAGGUGCGAAAGAUGGUAAUACUAUAAACGAUACACAAGUAGAGGAAAGUAAUAAAACAGAUGAUGAAAAAUCGGCAAGUCCCGCUGAACAGUAUAUAAAAUUGCCUAAAGCCGAUUUCCCAACAGCAAGAAUGUUGUCAGUAGACCCAAAUUCUAUGAUAGACGAGUUCUGCAAAUUAGAGAACGUAAAUGAACAUGUACCAUGGAUCUUGGAUUUGGAAUUCGGUGUACCGAGGGCACCGGUGACAAGAGCCAUAGCAACUUACGAUGUCAAAUACAACAGCGUUAAUUGCAAGAACACCCCGGGAGCAAUUCACCCUGGCUUUGAGAAGUGUAACAGUGGUUUCAAACGCGAGAUGCUCUUCCAUUACGAUUGUGUUGCGUCGAACUGGUACAAUGGUUAUAGAAAGUUGUACGAAAACAAUAAUAAAUCAUUUGAAAACUUUCAGUCGUGGUUGCGAACACCGAUGCAAACAUUCGGUAUGUGUUGGCCUUAGAAUGUUUAAGUAUGAAUGUAAUAAUUUAAAUUAGUUAUAAGUGUUAAUCAUGUAUUUGAGUUUGUAACGUUUUGUUAAAUAGGUAUCUAUCACUUAACUUAUUUCUUUAUUUGUUAUAUUCAUUUACUUUAAUAUUAGUUUGCGUUUGUAACGUUUUAAUUAUUACAGAAACUUAUUACUUUUUAAUUUAUGUCCAUUUGUUUUAAUAUUAGUUUAUCGUACUUAAGUUCGUAAUAUAAUAAUACUUUGACUUUUAUAUUCACGUAGCUUGUGUUUUUAACGUUUCGAUUAUUAAAGAAACUUAUUACUUGAUUAUUUAAAUCAAUAUCCUUUAAAUAAGCUUGGGUUUGGAACGUCUUUUGUAUUAAAUAAUAUUAAAGAAACUUAUUACUUUUAUGUAAACUUUCUGUAAUAUUAGCUUGUGCUUGUAAAAUUUUGAUUAUUACUUGAGUUUAUAAACUGAUUACUUUGAUUUUAAUGACCAUUUAGUGUUUGUUAUAUUAUGUUGCGUAUGUGUGUAAUAUUACAUAGCUUGCGUUUGAUUAUUACCUAUAAAAACGUAAUAUAUGUACUUACUUUAUUUUUUGUUCAUUGGCUUUAAUAUUAGCUUCCAUUUGUAACGUUUUGAUUAUUAUAAAAACCUAUUAUUUUUGUAUUUAUAUUGAAGUAGGUACUCAAUUAAAGGAAGUGUUUUUACGUUUUGAUUACUAGAAAAACUUAUUACUUUAUCUUUUUCGUUCAUUUGCUUUCAUAUGUUUAAUAAACGGUUAAUAUUAGAGUAUCCAACCUUUUUAUAUUUUUUGUUUACAGUCAUGUACUUACCAUAUUUAAGAGUAGGUAUCUUAAUUUACUACAAAUUUGUAGACCUAGGAGGUAUACCUACCUGCAUACCUAUAGGAUACCUACCUAUUUAACCUUUGGCGGAUUACUUAAAUUUUUAAUAAUUGUUUUCAUACCUUCCUUCAUACUUAUACUUAUAUUUAUAUGUACCUAUCUAUUGAAUUAUGUACCUUCCUUUCCUCAGGCCAAGAAUACGUAAAUACUGCCACAACUCCUGCCUCCUAAUGAUUAUUCUCAUUAGCCAUCAUUCGCGAUUCGCCUUGAUGCGUAUGUAAUUUCAUUCCGAAUUCCCCUUAUCGCCAACCUGUCCCGCAUUCCGUUGACACGUUUACAUUUUAUCGAGCCGAUGUAUUGUAGCCAUCCAGUUUAUUGCCAUUCCACAAUAUUUGAUAUCAGAAAGGGAUUUGUUGACACACGUUACUGUAUGUGGAAUAUCGAAAUGCUGUGAUGUUUUUUUUUCGUCGUACAGAUAUGUGGGAUUUUUGUUAUCUAAAAGUCUGAUCAAUUUACUGAAUUCGUCGAUUAGACAUUUUUUUAUAAAGUACCAAUUUGGUAGAUAUU